UUUUCCAUAUGAUUUUAUAAAUAAAACAGAGUCGUUUUUUAGUUAAACCCCAACCCGUGAUGAAUGCUAACUUCUCAUUACCUUCACCAACUCAAGCUCUGUGCCAAAAGCCGAACCCCUUCUACCGUCAAGAAACUCCAUGCCCAACUCAUCAAAUCAGGGAUAGACUCAUGGGAGCCUUUGCCCAACACCCUUUUGGAUGUGUAUGGCAAAUGCACUCUCGUCAAAGACGCCCUCCAAGUGUUCGACCAAAUGCCUCAAAGAGACCAUGUUUCAUGGGCAUCAGUUCUCACUGCCCACAACCAGGCUAACCUUCCCAUUCGAACAAUCUCAAUGUUUAUCACCAUGUCCGCCGUUGAUGGAUUGCAACCAGACCAUUUUGUGUUUGCAAGCAUUGUCAAAGCCUGUGCUUGCUUAAAUGAUGUUAGACUUGGAAAACAAGUUCAUGGGCGAUUUAUGUUGUCGGCUUAUUGUCGUGACGAUGUCGUGAAGUCUUCAUUGGUUGACAUGUAUGCAAAAUGUGGAUUGGUUGGUGAUGCUUAUGCUGUUUUUUGUUCAAUUUCUUUGAAAAAUUCAGCUUCUUGGACUGCUAUGAUUUCCGGCUAUGCUCGUAGUGGACAAAAAGAGGAUGCUGUAAGAUUGUUUGAGAGGAUGCCGUUUAGGAAUUUGUUUACUUGGACGGCAUUGAUAUCUGGGUUGGUACAGAGUGGGAAUGGGACAGAUGCCUUUCAUUUUUUUAUUGACAUGAGAAGAGAAAGAAUUGAUAUAGUUGACCCUUUAGUUCUUUCAAGCAUUGUGGGUGCUUGUGCUAAUUUGGCUGUGCUGGAGCUUGGAAAGCAGGUUCAUGGCCUGGUUAUAUCUCUGGGGUAUGACUCUUGCUUGUAUAUAAGUAAUGCACUAGUAGAUAUGUAUGCUAAAUGUAGUGAUAUUUUAAAUGCAAAUGAAAUUUUUGGUAGUAUGCAACAAAGGGAUGUGGUUUCUUGGACAUCAAUAAUUGUUGGGGCUGCUCAGCAUGGGCGAGCCAAGGAGGCAUUGGCUUUGUACGACAAGAUGCUUGUGGCUGGAGUUAAGCCAAAUGAAGUUACCUUCGUUGGUUUGCUCUAUGCUUGUAGCCAUGUUGGGUUAGUCAACAGAGGACGAGCUCUUUUCAAAUCAAUGAUCAAGGAUUAUGGAAUUACUCCCUCUCUUCAGCACUACACAUGCUUUGUGGAUCUUCUUAGUCGAUCUGGACACCUCGAUGAGGCUGAGAAUGUUAUAAAUUUGAUCCCCUUCGAGCUUGAUGAAGCCAUAUGGGCAGCUUUGUUAACUUCUUGCAAGAAUCGCGGAAAUACUCAGACGGGGAUUAGGAUCGCGAAUCAUCUUCUGAGUACAAAACUUGAAGAUCCUUCUACCUAUAUCAUGUUAUCUAAUGUCUAUGCUGGAGCUAAUAUGUGGGAAAAUGUGUCAAAGGUGAGAAAGCUGAUGGCUUCUCUGGAAGUUAAGAAGAAACCAGGUUAUAGCUCCAUUGAGUUUGGAAAGGAAAGGCAGGUGUUUUAUGCUGGAGAGACAUAUCAUCAUCCCAUGAGGGAUGAGAUUUUCGGUUUGCUCAAGGAACUAGAUGAAGAAAUGAGGAGAAGAGGCUACAUUCCUGACACUAGCUCAGUUUUACAUGACAUGGAGCAGCAGGAGAAGGAGAGGCAACUGUUUUCGCAUAGCGAGAGGUUGGCUGUAGCUUACGGGCUGCUGAAGGCUGUACCGGGGACAGUAAUCCGGAUAGUGAAGAACCUUCGUGUUUGUGGAGAUUGUCACACUGUCUUGAAAUUCAUAAGCAGUAUUGUGAAGAGGGAGAUUGUUGUUAGAGAUGCCAAUAGAUAUCAUCAUUUCAACGAAGGGAAUUGCUCGUGCAAUGAUUUUUGGUGAUACUACUAAUAAACAUAGUUGCAAAUCUUUCUUAGCUAAGAAUGUCUUUACUUCCAUUACUUUUUCUUUGCACCCUUUAUUUAUGUUUUUUCUUUUCAUAUUUAUUUUAUGUUUGUUGAGGAAAACAGGGAUGGAUUAUUAUGGAAAAUACAAGGGAUUGAGAGGAGAAUGAAAAUUAUGUUGUUCGGUAAAUUAGGAAGAAGAAGAGAAGACAAUUCUCCUUGCCUUUCUUUGGUGUUAAAAAAAUGGUUGUUUUUUGGCACCACUAUAAAAAUUAAAGAAUGUUGUAUUUUACAACGACUGUUAAGAGUGCUCUAAGCAAUAAUAUUUCUCGACACAUUCAUGGGUGUUUGGUGUGGGGUAAAGUAAAAGUGGGAAUACGAAUUUACAUCACUUAUUAUGUUUGGUUCAAAUUUUAAGUGGUAAAGUUAAUAAUUUGUGUGACCUCCAUAUGUAUUUUAAGGGUAAAGUGAAAACUUUUGUACUUC